GCUCUCGCGGUUUAUGACAGACACCGACGGGCAUUUAUGCAGUCAUUGUCAGCGACGCGGUGCACAGGCAGAGCGACGCGCGGUUACGGGAGCCGCGCGGCGAGACUAAACUAAUCAGCGAAGUGAAGAAAGCAUAUACAUUUGUACAUAACUACAUUGUUAGAGGUCCGCGAUUUCCGCGGCUCAGCGUUAAAUGGCGUAAAAUCGCAAAAAUACGCUGUUGCCUUAGCUGCCUUUGUUUUCGGAGCCUAAUGAUUGGUUUAACGGUAGUUCGAGUUGAUACGCGCCAUUAGUUAGCUCGCGCGCGCACGCCGCUACUUAUUUGAGUUUAGUCACUCGCCGCACAGACGACUAAGUUCGCACAUUCAUAGACGCGUACGAGUAUACACCGCCUCACCGCCGCCCCUACCGCACGCUGCUCGGUACCACGCCACGCGCGGCGAACGGUGGACAUUCCUCAGUACGAGUAUUUACAUACAUAUGUACAAGUACAUACGUUUGUUUGUUUUGUUGUACAUUCAUUUUGAUUUGCUUUCGAACGAAAUUGUGUUGACCUUUCCCCCAAAUAGUGCGCGAGUGUGUGUGUGUUUUAGAAAAUUAGAAAAAAAUUUACGAAAAAGGUUGAAAUUCGUAAAAAAUAAGUUAGUGCUUCUUACCCAACAAAUCUAUUUUGUUAUUAUUGUUAUAAAAAUUUCCUUACACUUGAAAGUAUAAAGUGAAAAAAGUUAUGAAGAAAGCGCUCAACACCACCCAAGAGGUUGAGGCGCCUGAGGAGGGCGCUGUCGGCGAACAAACGCGUCGCACGCCGCCGCGUCUCAUGCAAAUGGGUCGCGCUUUCUCCGAAAUGUCACCGCUGAAUCCCGCCUCGGCUUCGCCCGCCUGUCGCAGUCCAUCGAGCGCGGCUGCUGGCGCCGCUUUGCAAAUUCGCCGUGACUCUGGCAACUAUAGCAGUAUUUUUCCUUUUGGAUUUUUGCGUCUAUCCCUACAAAAGAGCGGAAGCUCGAUUCAGCAUCUCAAUCGCUACGGAGAUUCUAUGGGUUCACUAGCACAUCGAGCGCUCCUACAAUAUGUGGAAAAUAAUGACCUAUCCGGUUUGCGCGCUAUCUUAGAUAGUCGGCAUUUAUCCGUCGAUGAUCGUGAUGAGAAUGGCACCACUGGACUUAUGGUUGUUGCUGGACGUGGCUUAACUGUUUUUGUGCGCGAAUUCUUGGCACGCGGCGCAGAUGUCCAAGCGGAGGACAAUGACAACUGGACGGCACUCAUAUGCGCGGCCAAAAAUGGUCACUUCGAUAUCGUACAAGUGCUCAUCGAUCACGGCGCCGAUAUUGAGCAUCGUGAUAUGGGCGGUUGGACGGCAUUAAUGUGGGCCGCUUACCGUGGCCACACCGAUCUGGUGCGUUUUCUGCUCGAGAAAGGCGCAGACGUGAAUGUACAUGGCAAUUAUCAUUUGGGCCCGCUGCUGUGGGCAGCUGGACGUGGCUUCAGAGAUAUUGUGGAAUUGUUGGUGCAACGCGGUGCUAAGGUGAAUGUCGGCGACAAGUAUGGCACAACAGCGUUGGUGUGGGCAUGCCGCAAAGGCAAUGCUGAGAUCGUCGAUACGCUACUAAAGGCCGGUGCUAAUGUCGACACAGCGGGCAUGUAUUCGUGGACACCAUUGCUGGUAGCCACUUCGGGCGGACAUACGGACUGUGUUACCUCGCUGCUGGAGAAGAGACCCAAUGUUAAUGCGUUGGAUAAGGAUGGCAUGACCGCGUUGGCGAUUGCGAGCCGUGAGGGCUUCCAGGAAAUAUGCGCGGCUCUCAUCGCCGCUGGCGCCUACAUCAACAUACAAGAUCGUGCCGGCGACACGCCUCUCAUACAUGCCGUCAAAGGUGGUCAUCGUGGCGUUGUUGAAGCGUUGCUUAAGAAGCAUGCUGAUGUUGAUAUACAAGGCAAGGAUCGGAAAACCGCUAUAUACACCGCGGUGGAGAAGGGUCACACGCAUAUCGUGAAGAUACUAUUGUCCACCAAUCCCGAUCUUGAGGCAGCGACUAAAGACGGUGAUACCGCGCUGCUGCGCGCCGUGCGCAAUCGUAACCUGGAAAUGGUGCAAAUGCUGUUGGAUCGCAAGGCAAAAGUGACGGCUAGCGAUAAGCGCGGUGACACCUGCUUGCACAUUGCUAUGCGCGCGCGUUCCAAGGCGAUUGUGGAGGCAUUACUGCGCAACCCCAAGAAUAGCCAGCUCUUGUACAGAGCCAAUAAGGCCGGUGAGACGCCAUACAAUAUCGAUACCAUACAUCAAAAAACCAUACUGGGACAAGUGUUUGGCGCGCGUCGUCUCAAUACGAAUGAAGACUCGGAAGGCAUGCUCGGCUAUGAAUUGUACUCGUCCGCUUUGGCUGAUGUGCUGAGUGAACCCACGCUAACCACACCCAUCACAGUCGGUUUGUACGCCAAAUGGGGUAGCGGUAAAAGCUUUUUGCUUAACAAACUGCGCGAUGAGAUGAAUAAUUUCGCGCGGCAGUGGGCCGAACCGCCCAUCAAUACGAGUGGCUUGAUGUUCCUGGUAAAUCUGCAUAUUGCGCUAGUGCUAGGCACCGUAGUCGGCCUAUCUUCGUGGUCUGCCAUGUGGGGCGGUAUAGCGGCAGUGCUUUAUUUAGUGUUUACAUACCUCCUGCUUGCCAGUAUUAAUUAUGCCAACAACCAUAUGGACGUCUACUGGGCCUAUUCGGUGCAACAUGGCAUUAUGAAGCGCUUCGGUCGUUUACGUCUCAUAUUACAAGUGGCAUUCUGUCAUCCGCCCGGCACCCAAGCGGACGCACAAGCGAAGCCGGUGCGUUUUCACUUUGCUGAGGCGAGCAGCGCGUCGCCUACGGGCGAGAGCGCAGUUACACAUAUGUUGGCAGCGCUCUAUGAAGCCAUCGAAUCGCACUAUGGUUGGCUGUCGACACGCUUGUAUCGCGCGUUUCGUCCCAAAGCGUUGAAGGUGACAUCCGGUUGGCGCUGGCGUCGCAUGUGUUGCAUGCCGCUUGUGAUCAUUUUCGAGUUAUGUCUAUUAACGCUCAUUACGGGUAUCUCGCUCGUGGUGGCGUACUUCACGUACGCUUCGCCUGAGGAAAAGGAAAGUAUACUCGUUUCGAUUUAUGUAAUUUGCGCGAUAUUAGUGACUAUUAUCUGCACGAAUUUACACGGAUUGGCGAAGGCAUUCGGUUCGCUCUUCAUUUCACAAGGGCGCCAUUUGCGUCGUUCGGUGCGUCUUAAUGAGGGCGCCCCACUGACUGCAAUGGGCGCCGAGGUGGCGCUCAUGACCGAUAUGGUGAAGUGCCUGGAUGCUUUUACGAAUCAGCAAAGUCGUCUUGUGGGCGUGGUAGACGCAUUGGACUCCUGUGAUACGGAGCGCAUACUUUGCGUACUGAACGCCAUACAAACGCUGCUCUCCUCGCCGAAUCGUCCAUUUGUUCUGCUCAUCGCCGUCGAUCCGCAUGUGAUUGCCAAGGCAGCAGAAGCUAAUAGCAGACGUCUCUUUACCGAAGGCGGCAUUGGUGGCCACGAUUUCUUGCGCAAUCUGGUGCACUUGCCGGUGUACUUGCAGAAUUCUGGUUUGCGUAAGGUGCAACGCGCUCAAAUGACCGCUAUGCUCUUCAAACGCAACUACAGUGAAUUCCCCAACGAAGAUGGUCCGACACUGGGACAUUCGGUGUCCGCGCGUCGCUUGUCCAAUGCAUCGGAAAUAAUGUCCAGUCAAGAAAAAUUGCGCACCUCGCAUAAUCCCGGGCGCAGCGGCAAGAAGAUGCGUCUCUCCGAGUCGGUGGCCAGUUCGAUUGGCUCGAAUUUGCAUCGCUUGGGUCAGAAUCCGCAGGGCGUGCUCGAUCUGUCGCGCAUCAUGUUAACCGAUGACUACUUCAGUGAUGUGAAUCCGCGCAGCAUGCGGCGUCUCAUGAAUGUCAUCUACAUAACAGUGCGUCUACUGAAAGCAUUCCAAAUAGACUUUAGUUGGUAUCGUUUAAGUUCUUGGAUCAAUUUAACGGAGCAGUGGCCGUUGCGCGCCAGCAUGAUCGUGCUGCAGCACGACAACUUUAUGGAUUCAUACGACGAUAAUGUGUCGCUGCAAUCAGUCUAUGAAAAAGUACGCCCAAAAAUCGCUUGCCUACGCGAGGCAGCACCGCUGCUCGAGCUCGAUCGCGAUGAACGCAAAUUGGAUGCAUUCUUGCAGUUGCACAAAUCGGAUUUGUUAGUGGCGGAUUUGCGCAUAUUUCUGCCCUUUACUAUCAAUCUCGAUCCAUAUUUGAGAAAAGUUUUGAAAGAGGACCAACAAUCGAUCGAAGAUGAAGGUACGCUAAUGCUACAAAAUAAGCCGAGCAUUAAUCCUGCCGUACGCAUACCCCCACCCACACCGACGUAUGUGCCUUCGCCCGCUGCUUAUCCGCCAUAUCAAUUAUUCCACAACGACUAUGAGUUGAGACAUCGAAAUGCCAGUAUAAAUUCGGAGCCGGCUAUGACGCCGCUAAUCGGCUCGCCGAGUGAUUCGUUUGGUGAUGACGUACUGCAGACAAAACUAUCCGACUUAACAGUGGAAGGUGUCAUCAGCUUGCUGGAACGCGUCGAUGACUUGCGUCCCGCUUUGCCGAAAUUGUCACCAAUUCUCAAGGAAAAUGCCAUAAACGGACGCGUACUGAAAUACUGCGAUACUAAUGAUUUGAAAGGGGUGCUCGGUCUCAAUUUUGGCCACUGGGAAUUAUUUAGAUUACUUAUAAACACAUUACGAGACUGUGAAAAAUUACAACGUAAAUUCAAGCCAACACCGGCGAUAGCCGAUGUGCCAGCUUCAAACACGACAGCGCCAAAAGACAGCACAGACACGCAUACGCUGGCGCCGAGUCAACCGCAUUCGCGCAAAAACUCAACCACGAGUCAUAUGGAAAAGCAGGUUACGCUGGAGGAGCAAAUGAUUUGCGGUGCUUUGCAAACCCUCAACGAGGAGGCCUUCGAGGAUGUGGCGAGCAGUGAGCGACCCAGCCCAUCGGGUUUGCCUACAGAUGCCGAACUGCAGCUAAUCAGCAGCACACCAAUGCCACCAGCAUCACCGCUGGCACAACGACGCGACUCAAUACUGAAACAUCAGAACAGCGUUAAAACUGAUAAGCGUGUCAGUAUCAAGAGUGGCAGCAGCAAACUACAAAUGACAUCCAAUUUGGAGUACAUUUCGGAGAAGCCCUCAUCGCUCUCAUCGUCCGCCUCAACGUUGCCAUCGAGCGGCUCAACAACGCUGGAACGGCGGCCGAGCAAAACAACAGGUCCACGUCCGGCCUCACUGGUCAUCACCAAGCAAGACAACAAGGGUUCACAAUUCAAAUUAGUGCGUUCAUCGUCAGUGGACUAUGAGGAUAUCGAAAGUCAAAUGCCUACGGCGCGCUCGGUGAAUAAAAUUAUAUUAGCCGAACACCUGCCGGAGGAUGAAUCAGCACCGUUAGUCUUUACUGUGCACAAAUGAGCAAAUUCAGCGGCGUUGCAAGCAAUCAGCUGACUGACUGUUGGCUUGAAAUUUAAAUUACAAAGCUAGGCUGUGUCUAAGGAAUGCCUUCACAAAUGAGGAAUGAAGAAAGAAAAGGAAGAAAAAAUGUAAAAAUAGCAAAAGAUUACCUAAACCGUAAGAAAAGGUCACAAGUUCAGCUAUACGCUUUGUUGUUGUGCGCCACAAGACGAAAAGGUGCCGCAGAAUUGUCACAAAGCAACUUUUGAUUUUUUUCUAUAAAACUAUAUUUCUUUAAAUCAAAUUUUUGUGGAAACGAAUAGUGCUAGCUGUAUUGCAUUAUCUAUAUACAUACAUAUAUAUAAGUAGUACAUUUAUGUAUAAUCAAAUUCAUGUUAUGUAUGUGCGCACUCGCCGCACAUUUAGAUAUAUAUUUUUCCAAUGCGUUUUUACUAUAUCUCUAUAUAAAAUAAUUUAGCAGAAUAUUCUCUAGUAUAUUAAUUAUGUAUUGUGCGCAUAUACCCUAUAUACCUAUAUAUAACAAUACAUAUACAUGUAUAUAACAGCGUGUAUAUGUAUGUAUAACGUUGUAAAGCGCUUGGUGUAUGUCCAAUACUUAGUAUUUAACUAAAUGAUUUGCAACGAUGCCUAAGAAAUGUGUAAUUAUCGUUUAAAUUGAGAAGAAAAGUAAAAAUAACAAUAACAAUUACGUCGUUAACAUUAUUUGUUGUUGCUGCUGUUACUAUUAAAAAAAGUAUAAAGUGUAUAAAUCUACAAUUAAAUGAAAAUCAAAGCGUUGCUCCUCAACAACAAGAAACAACCAUAUUAUUACCAAUUAAGUAUUGUUAGUUGCAGAAACUAUUAAAAUUUAAUAAAUUACAUAAACUAAAAAUAAGAAAAAAUGCUGAUUGUCACAAAGGUAGCUAGUAACAUGUAUACAAUUGAACACACACAUAUACGUAAUAUACAAAAAUACUACACGUGCUCUUAACAAUUGCAUAUGAUAUUUAAAGAAAUAAAAGCUUGGCUAGCUUGCAGCCAGUAGCAAUUAGAUUGUACUUAGCAGAAUUGAAUGAUGUAUGAGAAUAAAGAUUUUAAAUGCAAUUGCAAAA